AUGGCAAUGUCUCUCAUCCAAGCGUGCCGCAGUCUGGCUCUCUCAACAUGGCUGCUUUCCUUUUGUUUCGUGCAUCUGCUCUGCCUGGACUUCACCGUGGCCGAGAAGGAGGAAUGGUACACCGCCUUCGUGAACAUCACCUACGCCGAGCCCGCGCCGGACCCCGGGGCCGGGGUGGCGGGCGGCGGCGGCACCGAGCUGCACACCGAGAAGACCGAGUGCGGGCGCUACGGAGAGCACUCACCCAAGCAGGACGCCCGCGGGGAGGUGGUCAUGGCUACCUCGGCCCACGACCGCCUGGCCUGCGACCCCAAUACCAAGUUCGCCGCCCCAGCCCACGGCAAGAACUGGAUAGCCCUCAUUCCCAAGGGCAACUGCACGUACAGGGAUAAGAUCCGGAACGCGUUCCUGCAGAACGCCUCCGCUGUGGUCAUCUUCAACGUGGGCUCCAACACCAACGAGACCAUCACCAUGCCCCAUGCAGGUGUAGAAGACAUCGUGGCAAUAAUGAUUCCUGAGCCAAAAGGGAAGGAGAUAGUAAGCCUGCUGGAGAGAAACAUCACUGUGACGAUGUACAUCACCAUUGGAACCCGGAACUUGCAGAAAUACGUGAGCCGCACUUCGGUUGUGUUUGUCUCCAUCUCCUUCAUUGUCCUGAUGAUCAUUUCCCUCGCAUGGCUCGUCUUUUAUUAUAUCCAGAGGUUUCGAUAUGCAAAUGCCAGGGACAGGAACCAGCGCCGCCUGGGAGAUGCAGCCAAGAAAGCGAUCAGCAAGCUCCAGGUCAGAACCAUCAAGAAGGGUGACAAGGAAACAGAGCCGGAUUUUGACAACUGUGCGGUUUGCAUUGAAGGGUACAAGCCCAACGACAUUGUCCGGGUCUUGCCCUGCCGGCAUCUUUUCCACAAGUCCUGUGUUGACCCCUGGCUUCUAGACCAUCGCACCUGUCCCAUGUGCAAGAUGAACAUUCUUAAAGCCCUAGGGAUCCCGCCCAAUGCCGACUGCAUGGACGACUUGCCCACCGACUUCGAGGGAUCUCUGGGAGGUCCACCGACCAACCAGAUCACCGGUGCGAGUGACACGACCGUAAAUGAAAGUUCAGUCACUUUGGACCCUGCUGUCCGGACUGUGGGAGCCUUACAGGUGGUCCAGAUUACAGAUCCCACCCCACAGGAGGGAGAAAUCAUCUUUACUACCAACAGUGAGCAGGAACCGGCUGUAAGCAGUGAUUCUGACAUCUCGCUAAUUAUGGCAAUGGAGGUUGGACUGUCUGAUGUAGAACUUUCCACUGACCAAGACUGCGAAGAGGUGAAAUCUUGAAAUGGCAAAUACAGAAAACAGGGAUGGUAGGACCCGAGGGGAAGGAAGAGAGGAGUGCCCCCAAGACUUGGACCGGGCACACACACCUCCAGAACACGUUGGCAACUCCAACGGCGCUCCACUCAAGAAUGGUAAUGAAAAGCAAUAUCCAAAGUCACGUUCAUCAGGAUGCAGUUUCUCCAUCUCUGCAACAGUCCAUGGCCUUGGCAGCUGGGAAGUUGAAAGCUGAUUUUCCCUUCCAUGUCCUUGUAGACACACACUUCAGAAGCUCCUAAAACAGACUGAAGGACAGUAUUAGGGCUUCUUAGUUUCAUUUCCAUUUUUUCCAGGUCUUGUUCUCUUGUUUUUUGGAAUGUCGUUUGAUUUCUUUGGCAGUUUCCUUUUAAAAGCUGUGUGUAGUUUACCUUACAUCCACUUCUUUGUUUUUCCUUUGACUCACUCCAGCUUUUGUAUAGAGUUCCAUUUAGAAGCACCAGUUCUUGCUAUGCUGGGUUUGUAUUCCAUCUCUGAGAUUAAUGGCCUUGACCUCUCAGCCUGAAGUGUGCAUGGCUUUGGGAAGUGCCUCAGCACCCUGAAACAGUCUAAGGCCAGCUUUCAUUAAGAAUCUAAAUUCUUUUAAGUGGAUUUUGAAGAUCCCAGCUGCCAGAGAUCCCCAACACUAAACUCUGAAUCUGCUGAGGCCACUGCUCCUUAUUUUCAGCUACAUCACCCUGGCUUCCACUUGCCAGGCUCUGUUAAGGGUCCUUGUGACAUGAGAAGGAAGCUCUAGUGGGGCACGUCAAUUUUUCUGGACCUUACAGUCUUUGGCUGAAAUUCUGAACUCAGAAGUGCCCUCCAGAGCAUUAACUCCAUUCUUCAUGGCUGUAGGGCUUGUAACCGGAACUGCAAGCCUGGUCUUAAGACCAGACACCACAUAUUCUUCUCAAAAGUAAAAUGUCUGUUGUAUUGGUUUCCCCAAGGCUAGAACAGUCCUUUGUUACCUCUACAAGUGGCUUCUGCAGCAGAUGGAAGCUUUAGAAAAGAUCCAAUCAUCUUUGAGCCCAGUCUCCAAUGCAGUGGGGGCUGCAAAAGCACCUAGCUUUUACUUUAGUUCCAACACACUUCUAUUAAAGCUUGCCAGACCUCGAGGAAGGAUUUAGGUGAAUCCUUAGAAAAUUGCUUACCAGGGCUUCCUGAGUGCAUCCAGAUACCAAGUGAGAAGGAGGUGUGAUUUGAUACACCAUUUGAUCUAAAAGGUACAGCAUCGAAAUUUGCUAAAUCAAGUUUCUCCUGACUGAGAGAGACAAAGAGGGCAAGGAAAAGAGGUAUCAGAUGAAUACUAAAACCCACCGGCGUUUUUAAACUGUUUAUGUUUCUAUUCUUUUUUUGUAACUAUGACAGAGAUGUGCUAUUUUUUCAGUGGGCAAUUUUGUAAUACAUGUAGACUCUACAGGUGCAGAGCUGACUAAGGUAGUGAAUAGUUUUCUCUGAACAAUCUUGGAUCGCCUCCUCCUCUGUAAGAAGGCCGCGCUGCUGCUUGGGGAAACUAGGCAGAAAGCUUUUCUCACUGAGUGAUUUACGUAUUUGACGAGGCUUUUCCACGUCAUUAUGUCACACACAUCCCAAAGCAGAGUCUGCCAUAAAACCUUGCUGCCUGCUGAAACGUAGAGGGUAUGUCAAGGGAGACCACUGGCCGCUCUUUUUUUACCUCCUUUAAUGAUUUCCUACUUGAUGCUUUCUAAGUAGGCAGCAAAGCAAGGAAAAUGAUUACCACCUCCAGAAAUGUCACGUCUCUCUAGGAGUCCAACAUUUCCUGUGAUGAAACCCGGUGUCUGGGAUGAAACCCAGUGUCUGGGCGUGGGAAGGAGGCUGGGAGGAAUGAAGACAGAGCUGAACCAGGAGUCAGGAGGCCUGGAUGAGCCACAUACUUGCUGGGCCUCCACUUCUCCACCUGUAAAGUGAAGGAGUUUAACAAGAUGGUGCCCAAGUCUCCUUCUGACCUUAUGACCACUGAGUGUUUUGCCAGGGGGAUCCAUUUUUCGCAGAUACUGAUGACAUGUAGCAGACUUUUUACCUUGGGGAGGCAGAGUAACUUGAUGUGUAACAUACAAUAACCACUUUUGAGAUUUGGUACUCCUGUGUUGCUGAGAAUGAAUAUCUAAAUGAUUGAAGUUUUAAGGCCAAGGAGAAGUUGUUUAGUUUUGCCUUGUUUUAAAAUCACUGUUAGUCGCAGAGUUUGCAAUCUCUGGAUACCUUCACAUCCUAGUUCUCAGUGUGGAAUUCUUAAUCUCAAGGUGUUUCCUUUCCUCGAUCAGCAUAGGACUGCACCCCCGACUCCUUCAGUCAGCUUUGCCCAAAAUAAAUUUUGGUAUUAACCAAAGUCAAAUGGGAUUAGAAGGAUAAUUCAACAGCAAAAGAACUGUAAAUUGUAUUCCCUACCCAGAGAGAAAAUACCUUGUGGAUUGUGUAGUCCUCUGGUAAGUGUUCUCUCUUCCUGCUGGCGACCAGAUCAAUCAGGAAUUGGUUACAGACAUGUGCUGUGGCCACAGCGGCCCUUAUAGGAUUCUGUGUAGAUGAUGAGGGGCCCAGGAGGCCCAUCUGAAAUGUGUGGACCUGACCCCGAGGAGGUUCUGCUACAAACCCCCUGAGCCUAGGAGGUUCUCUACUUACCAAAGGUUUGUUUCUGGAGGAUUUUCCUGUGGCUUUGGUAAUUAAAAAAAAAAGUUUAACCAGCAUGGAAGGAUUCAAAAGAAAUGGAAACAGGCCUUCUCCCAUAGUCUUCUUCACUCCCUCCCCCCAAGAGGGAUCUCUGCGCUGGGGAGCUGGUAGUGUACAGAGAGUGUCAAAGGGAUGGGAACCCUUUAGAAGUAUAUGUAGACUUGAUGUGUAUUUGCAGAUGUGUGUUUUUCUGUAGUGAGUGUCUAGACCAGCACUGUCCAAUAGAAAUAUAAUGCACAUCACAAAUGUAACUUUAAAUUUUCUACUGGCCACGUUAAAAAAAGUAAAAAAAAAAACAGGUAAAAAUAAUUUUAAUAAUAUAUUUAUUUCAUCCAAUAUUGUUGUUUCGACAUGUAAUUAAUGUAAAAAGUAUUAAUGAAGUACUUUAAAUUCUUUUUUGUACUAAGUCUUCUAAAUCCAUUGUGUAUGUUACACUCACAGCACAUCUCAGUUUGGACCAGCUGCAUCUCCAGCACUCAUAGCCACAUGAGGCUCGUGGCUGCCGAUUGGGACAGCACAGGUCUAGAGCUUCUCCAAUAUCCUCACUAGAUUCCCUGAGCCUUGCAAAGACAAAAGGUUAAAUACUAAUUACCUCCAGAGAGAACUAGACUCCACCCAGUGAGAAACCCAGAGAUCCAUUUGUUUUGUAAUGAAUAAGUGUUCAGAACGCCCUUUUUGAAAUUUCUUCUUGACCUGUCUGACCACACCACUUAUGUCCAUUAUUGUUUACUGUUACUUCUCUGACCAGUUGUUUUUUUAAAAGUCACACAAACCAUGUUGAUUUGGUGCUGAAAGAAAAUUAUAUCCCUAGCUUCUGUGACAAACCCGUAGACUGAUAUGUGGCACUCAGGAGCCAAGGAGAAUUCCAGACUACGGGCGCCCAGCUUUACCUCAACCCCUAGUUGUCCUUCUUCCUGGUUGGCAGAAAGUCUUUUCCCAGUCCCAGUGCUCCUGGCCCCACAGCCAUAGCUAAAGCAUUGUGUAUUUGGGAGGAAAAAGUGGGAAGUUACAUAUUGACUCCAAAUACAAGACUUUGUGUGGCCUUAGGGAGAAAAAGUAUUAGGGGCUUGUGACCGUCUGGCCUCUACUUGGUGAAUUAUGACCACCUGCAAUAGCCAACUCUCAACUCAGAUGUCAGCAUCCCCCUCUCAUCCCAAGGCUGUGGGCAAGAAAAGGAGCAUUUCCAUUCCCUCAGAAUAAUUUAGAGUCACUUCUAAGAAUUGCUACCUCCUGUGUGGCUGGUCCCUUUGGAAGGAACUGAGCCCUGAUUAUGAAUACAGCAUCUGAAUACUGAUUUAGUCUCUAGAGUCUGGUCACCCCUGAAAUGUCAACUCUGUCAUCGAGGCAGGAAGAGGUGGAGAGUUUGGAGAAGGUAGAAAGUUAAUAGUGACAAAGGCACCUCCUAUUCUGACAUCACACAGUAAUGAUCAUAACCAUGGAGGCAAAUCUCCGUCCAAAGAGGGUUUUGUUGUUGUUGUUUUUUGUGAGAAAGAUCAGCCCUGAGCUAACAUCCAUGUCAAUCCUCCUCUUUUUGCUGAGGAAGAUUGGCCCUGGGCUAACGUCCAUGCCCAUCUUGCUCUAUUUUAUAUGGGACGCCACCACAGCAUGGCUUAACAAGCAGUGCGUCGGUGUGCACCCAGGAUCUGAAACUGCAAACCCUGGGCCACCGCAGCGGAGCGUGUACACUUAACCGCUGCGCCACCAUGCCGGCCCUGUCCAAAGAGGUUUUUUUUGUUUGCUUUGUUUUGUUUUCAGCAUUUUCCUCAUUCUGAUGGAAACAUCCCUGGACCUUCAUGGGUCUGGAUUUGGUCAUAUCAAAAACCAUGGUGCCCAGUGGCUCUUUCAGUUAGUGCCCUGACAUCCCUGUGGCUGCCACACUUUCAGAACCAAAAAUGAUGACAGAUCGCCUAACAUAGGCUUCUUUCUUAUUUAUGCGUUUUGUUUAGAUGAAAAUUCUUGCAGAGCAUAAAAAAUAAAUGGCAUUUCGUUAUCCAUUGAAUGCAUCGCGCCUUGACUGAAAGCAAAGAAAUCUCAUUAAAUCAAAAUUCUUUCAGAAAACCUAGGAUAUAGAGUCACUCUCUCCAAGGGGCAAGGACCCAGCCCUCUCUGGGUCUAGAGCCCCUGAGGCAAAUUCCGGUAGCAUUUUUAUCUGCUUUCACUUAGAUUUCUUGCCCUUUUCUGUCUGUGUGUCUUUCUCUAUCUCUGGCUUCUCUGACUGCCUUUCUCUUUGUACGCACACCCACACACAUUCUUUUCCUGUCUUUCAGGGCAAAAAACCUCUGUGGCUCUGGAACUAUAGAGUUAUUCUUGUGAUGAUCAUUGUUACUGUUGUUGGUGUUUUUCUUAUUAUGGUGUAGCAGUAUCUAUAUUUGCACUUCUGGUGAGGAAAACCAGUUUACUAUAGAAGCAAAUUAACUUCCUCCUUAGUGGAGCUAGGCUCGUUUUCACUUCUCAUAUCACUAAUUUUAUCUCAGACCACCUAUAGCUAUUGUUAUUUUUUUUUUCAGACUUCCUUGCCAGAAAAGUCUCCUAGGCAAAUAAUGGCAAGGUAACAGUUCCAGAAUGCUCUCUAGAUCGAUUAGCUUCCACAUCCAGCAUUUGUGACCUUCCUAGUUCACCACAGGCCCCCAGGGUUAGGAUUUCUUGGACAGACUUGUGGGCUGUCCUGUAUCUGAUGUCCACUCAUGCUCCUUAACAUCGUAGCAGGAGAGCUUGCUUACGAACAGGUAAGUGAUCAGGAGGCCACUUCUUCCUUAAGACUGAAAAAGAGGCACAAAGAAACUAUCCUUCUAAGGUGAGGGACACACGGUUCCUUGUGCACUGCUCUGUGUCACAGAAGUCCCUCAUCCAUGCUAUUGCAUAGCUGGGACUGAAGAGUACAUUUGACGAUGGCAGUUAUAAGGAGGUGGGAAUACUGCCUGCGGGGAGUCAGAAAAGAGGAUGGCAGGAUGUGAACAUGGAUGCUUUUCCCGAAUAAAUGGUCAUCCUCUACGUUUAGAGCUGACCUGGG